UUCUUUGGCCAAUUAACCUAACCUUCUAGUACAUAAUCUAGAAUCUUAUUAAUUUAUGUGAUCGUGGAACGAAUUAAGAAAAAAGAAAACAAUACAAUCAAUCAAUUGUUUUCAUUUUAAAUAUAUACAAAUAAAACGAAACAAACGCAUUUUCCUAGUAAUUGUACUGUCCACAGCAAUUUAAAAUGAUUGAGACACAUACGACAACUAAAAUAACAUCUAUGUCUAUACAAUCGUUCUGGAAAUCAAUUCAGAUUUUACUUAAGAAACCACAUGUAAUUAACAAAAGAAUAUGGGGUUGUAAACAGCUUUUUCAGUGUUUAGGGCGGCCUGUAAACAGACCUUUCAUGCCCCUUAAUUGUAUGGACUUUAAAGAAAAUAAUGACAACUAUGUUUCUGGAAUUUUAAAAGAAUUCCAACUAAAAGAGUGUGAUAAAUCAGAAUCUACAGCCAAUGAUGUCUUAGAAAUUAUUUUAUUAGAGUUAUUUCCCAAAUCUUAUACUUUACAACAUGCAUUUCAGUUAGUAUGCAUGAAUAAGAAUGAAAGUAUAGUUACAUUCUACAAUGUCACACCUAAUAAAUCUAGUCAAACAAUAUGCCCAGAUUUCACUUAUUCACUCGAGCUUCAGAAUAGUAACCUUGUAAUAAAAAGUGAAUGUGAUAAUUCUACACAGACAUAUAAAUGGCUCAUAAGCAGUUUCCUUUGCCAGUUUGUGAAGUGGGGAGAAGAAUGUUUAGGGACACCCAAACACAGUAUCUGUAAUGACUCUUUAACUUUAGUUUCAAAUGAGAAAUACUAUCAGAAAUACAAUGAGCUUAAAAUUAAAUAUGGAAAGGAAAUGGUCAAAAUUUGGCCAGAAUGUACUGACCCUAACAAAUUUGUUUACGAAGAUGUAGCUAUAGCUACAUAUUUGUUGGUACUAUGGGAAAAAGUAGAAUCAAAAAAAUCUUUUGUUGAUUUGGGAUGUGGAAACGGGUUAUUAGUCAAUAUUUUAACUAAAGAGGGACACACUGGUGUAGGCAUUGAUGUUAGGAAAAGACAAAUCUGGGAUUUAUACUCCAAAGAUGUGAUACUACAGGAAAAGACAAUAGUACCAUCAGAUGCAAACUUGUUUCCUGAAGUGGAUUGGAUAAUUGGCAAUCAUUCUGACGAACUCACCCCAUGGAUUCCUGUCAUAGCAGCGAGGAGUUCCUACAAAUGCAAUUUUUUUCUUCUGCCAUGCUGUGCUUACAACUUUGAUGGCACCAAGUACCAACGUAGAGAUUCUUCUAAAAGCCAAUAUACAGAAUAUUUAGAGUAUAUCAAACAUCUGUGUGAGACAUGCGGCUUCAUAACUCACACAGACAGGCUAAAAAUUCCAAGUACCAAAAGAAUUUGUUUUGUUGGACGAGGAAGAACUCAUGGUGAAAAGGAUUAUACAAUGUAUUGUAGGAAUAUGACACAUUUGAUACAAACAGAAACACAUACAUAUAGUGAUGAACAGUCAUGGGUCAAAGAUUUCAAGCCAAGAGAUGCUGUAGAAAGAGUGAGAAAUUGCACUCAAAUAGAUAAAUCUGUAAUAGAAUCCAUUGUAGACAGUGUUACCAAUUAUUUACUUGAAGGUAUCAAUGUUGAUGGUGAUUGGAGUGCUGGGAAAACUGUAGAAAUUUGUGAAAUUGUAUCACUUCUUCCACAUGACAAACUGAAAGCCUUGAAAGCAGAAUGUGGUGGGCUUCAAACACUGCUCAAAAAUAAUCAUCAUAUUUUCAGAGUGCAAGGUGGAGUUAUACAGCUGAGGUACCCAAAAACAGUGGAGGAAGUAAAUAAAAAUCUUAAAAUAAAUUCUGUAAAAGUACAACAGAAACCAUGUUGGUUUUAUAACAAUCAUCCACAAGGUUGUCCACUGACCAGUAGUGAUUGUAGUUUUUUACACAGAAAAUCAGUACAAUCCUAAAAAAAAUACAAAUCAUAAAAAUAGAAUAACAUUUAUUAUUUAUAUCUUAUCACAUAUAUACUUUGAAUAAAUUGCUUAAUAUUUACCUGACCCAUUCCAUUUACAUAACAAAUAUUAAAUGCCCAUUUAUAAAGGAAGAUGAAUGAAUGUUAUGUUGUAUCAUUCGGUCUCAAAAAACUUAUUUAAUUCAGUCAAAUUUCUAUCAUCUACCAACUUGGCAACAUCAUGUUCUCCCAUGAAAGAACAAACCAUUCUUAGUGUUGUCCAAAUUGUGGAGGAGCUGUUAUCAAUAGAUGCGUUAGGAUGCAAGCUCUUUGAUCUAUAUUGUUGAUUUAAGGCCACCAAAAAGUGCUCUGCAGCCUGCCUAUGGGCUCCAAGGUUCAUACAUGUGAUCCCAACAUUAUAUCUGGCCCUGAUGAACCCUGGCUCUAACUCUAAUGCUUGAUGAUAUGCAUCCACAGCUUCUUCAGACCUUUCACUAUUAGCUAAUGUUGCACCCAGUCUGUUCCACAGUUUAGCAUUAUCACUUGCCACCAUCAA